GUGUGUGUGUGUGUGCGUGCGUUUGUGUGUGUGUGUGUGUGUGUGUGUGUGUGUGUGUGUGUGAGUGUGUGUGUGUGUGUGUGUGUGUGGAUAGGGGGGGGCUUCUCCAGGUUUUGCUCAGUGGCUUUCUGGAGGAGGCUCGAGCGGACGCACAGUGGAUUAGGAGCAGAACCACCGGGAGACGCGCGUGCCAUUACGCAUCGGACAACUGCGGAGUGAAUUGGUUUAACUGGCGCGGACACACACUCACACACACGCGCACUUUAUUACCGUAGAGCGGCGCGGUGUGACGUCCCGUGUCUGAGCGCGCACCGGGGAGACGCACCGUCUCACACCGACCACCGGGGAAAGUUGGAGUAACGUGGGCGCGCGGUGAGGGAGGCAGCGCCCGCAGAUUUGGACGUGCACGCUUCUCCGCUCAUGGACCGAGCUCACCGGACCUACCGAGGACCCUCCGGUCGGAACAUGUGGAUCUUAACGGCGAGCGGGGCUCCGGUCCCCGUGAAGGUGUUUCCUCGCUCCGGUCUGUCAGCGGCAGCUUCACCGGGAGAGAGAGAGUGAGAGAGAGAGAGAGAGCAGGUUGAUCCGGAGCGCGUGCGUGACAGAGAGAGAGAGAGAGAGAGAGAGAGAGUGAGAGAGAGAGAGAGAGAGAGAGAGAGAGAGAGAGAGAGAGAGAGACCCCUGUGUUCAGAACCGUGGGAAUUAAACCGGAACCGAAAUGAUCCUGAUAAAUAUCAUCACUGUGGUGUUUGUGUUAGAUGUGUGUGUGUGCGAGUCGGAGCUCGGCCCCCCCGGCUGGAGGGAACCUCUGGACUGUGUCCGAGCCUCAGAACUGUGCGGCCAGAACGGCCAGUGCAGCUCACGCUACCGGAUCAUGCGCCAGUGCCUGUCCGGCGGGGACAAGGAGCGCAGCGCCAUGUUGGCCUCCAAGGAGUGCCAGGGGGCGCUAGAGGUGCUCCAGGACUCGCCGCUGUACGACUGCCGCUGCAAGAGAGGCAUGAAGAAGGAGCUGCAGUGUCUGCAGAACUACUGGAGCAUCCACAUGGGCCUGACUGAGGGGGAAGAGUUUUACGAGACGUCUCCGUACGAGCCGAUCCAUUUCUCCGAGGAAUACAGACACGCAUCCAUCAUCUCAGAUUCGUCCUUGUCGAAGAUGAGCCCCUGCUCUGAGGCGGGGAAACCCUGUAACCCCUGCCUGGACGCGGCGAAGGCGUGCAACCUCAACGAGACGUGCAAGCGUCUGCGAUCUGCCUACAACUCCAUCUGCAGCAAGGCCACGCCCCCGCAGGCCUCCUUGGCCAAUCAGGAGCCGUGCAGCCGGAAAAGGUGUCAGAAGGCUCUGCGGCAGUUCUUCGAGCGGGUUCCGUGGGAGCUGAGUUACCCGCUGCUGUUCUGCUCGUGUCCCGACCAGGCGUGUGCCGAGCGGCGCCGGCGCACCAUCGUGCCGUCCUGCUCGCACCAGGAGAGGCACCGGCCCGUCUGCCUGGAGCUGAGACACACCUGCCGCUCGGACGCCCUCUGCAGAUCUCGACUCGCUGAUUUCCACAUGAACUGCCAGAUGACGCCUCACACCGCCACCAGCUGCCCUCACGACAACUACCACGGCUGCCUCAUGUCCUACGUGGGCCUCAUCGGCUCUGACGUGACACCGAACUACAGCGACAGCAGUCCGUCCAACAUCACGCUCAGCCUGUGGUGCACCUGCAGGGGAACAGGAAGUGAGGAGCGAGAGUGUGAAGCCUUCCACCGCGACUUCACACACAACGCCUGCCUCAAGAACGCCAUCCAGUCGUUUGGGUACGGCUCCGAGGGCGGGACUCCUCAAGUGACCGAGCCCACGUCCACCUUCUUCCCCCCCGCCCAGCCGCCAAUCAUCUCCAGACCUGCUCCCGCUCUGCACGGCAGCGCCAUCAAGCCCAUGGACAGUGCGUGUGUGUUCUCCACCUGUGCCAACCUGCAGGACGGAGGCCAGAAGUGUGUCCCCUCUGACGAGUACGAGUGUGAAGAGGCUCUGUUGGCUCAGGAGUCAAUCGACUCUCAGGACUCCUCAGGUCCGAAGAGCAGCAGCCGCCACUCAGCUCCACUCCUCCACCACGUCUCUGUGUCCGUCCUGCCCACGUUCCUACUCUGCAUCGCAUUAAUGUGAACUGAAGCACACACACACACAUACACACAGACACACACACACACACACCCUCUCUCUGACACACACACACAUUCAAAGUCCUAAAUGGCAAGACCCCAUGAAAGUCACGUGACUCGGCGCCGCUUGCUUCAGGAAAAUGUCAAAUGGGAGACGUCCAAACAACAACAGCCUUUUCGAGCAGAAGGAAAUUCUCUGGAGGACGAUCAGAUCCGCUGUCCCCACACACACACACACACACACACACACACACACACACACAAUGAAGAAGGAGAAUGGAGGAAGAGGAGGCCAGACUGUGGACUCUGAGAGACGGACAGAUGAAUAAGAAGAGACACUCAGGAUCUCACGUCUCGGCCAGCGCUCGCUGUCUGGAGGGUUCGUGUGCUUUCUUGUUCCGACUCGCUUCCUCUGGCUUUCUUGGAUCUGAGACAACUGGGCUGAAAAGCAAAGGGACUUUGGCUCAAGCACAAAACCUCACACACAAACACAUACACACACAGACACACACACAGACAUACACACACACAACAGGCCUUCAAGUCAGCAGCCUGAGAGAGAGAUGGGACGGAUCCUCCCACAGUGUGUGUCAGCUCAGUCCACCUCUCUGUGGCAACACAAUUACACUGCACACGUACCAAGCACAGACACACACAUGCACACACACACUCCGUCACCCUCCCCUUAGACCUCGUUAGCGGGUAAACAGGGUCUACACACACACACAAACACUCCCACACGCACUUAGACACACACACACACACACUCCCACACACACACAGACACACACACACACACACACACAUACUCAUGCUGUUCACCAGUGUGCUUUUUGCGGGUCUUUAUCUUGGAUUUUGUUUUGUCCACCUUCUGUAUAAACUUUAUUUAAUGUGGAAUAUGAAAAGACCAAGAGUCUCAAUGAAAGAGUGUAGAGUUCACUUCAUUCUGUUAGUGUAAAGUUGUGUGAGUGAGUCCUCUGUGUGUGUGUGUGUGUGUGUGUGUGAGUGUGUCUGUGUGUGUGUGUGUGUGUGUGUGUGUGAGGAUUUGACUCUUAUAAGCAACUGAAACCAUAUUGUGAACGUGUAUCACUACCGACUGCUUGAUGUCUACAGAUCCUCUCCUGUCGUUGAUUAAACCCUGAAAACUCGA